AUGCUGGUGACUGGCCCAGAUGUCCUCAUCGCUCUGCUGUCACCAGAGGGGCUGGGCCAUUCGGGGUCUGCUCGUCCCAGUAAACCCAAGCUGGGCUCAAACGGCAGCUGCAGACCCGGGGGAAGCCCAAGACACGGCGUCCACCCCGGCCCCGAGCGAGCCCGAGCCUGGCCGGUGCGGGUAGGACUCUUCGAGUGCCAAGAGGACACGUCCUGGUCCCCUGGCCGGGGCGAGGCGGGGGCUGCCCAUCAGCACAUCAGCCCCGGCGUUGCCGAGAAGGGACGCGGCGCUGGGGGUGCUGAGCACCGGUGUCCCCCCCGUGCUGGGGCUUGCGCCACGCUUCUGACCCCACUCGGGACUUUUUCACCAGGAGCACGGAAAGGGGAGAGGGAGGAAGAGUGGGGAGGGACGAAGCGCUGCGCGGGGAGGGCUGGUGCUCGGCGGGGGGGUCGCGUCUGUCGGUGCGACGGGCCAGGCCUGGGGGGGUUUCACACUCGUUGUGCAACGGGCCAGGCCGGGGGGGGGUUUCACACUCGUCGUGCAACGGGCCAGGCCGGGGGGGGUUUCACACUCGUCGUGCAAUGGGCCAGGCCGGGGGGGUUUCACACUCGUCGUGCACUAGUGCAAAGGAAGGUCGGGCAGCAAAACCUGAGCCCCACGGGUGUGGGGAGCAGAGUGGGGAGCUGCGGGGAGACCAGAGGUGCAACGGGGGGGGGGGGGGGGCUUGGAGAGAGCCCGGGUGCUGCUCCGGGCACCUUGCAGGGAGCACAGCGAGGGAGCACGCCUCUCGGCUCCAUCUCGAGGGGAACCCGCCGCCGGCGUCUGUGGCAAGCGCGGCCAGGUCGUGCCGGGUCUGCGCCAUGCUUUGUGCUGACUUUUGGGGCGCGAGGAGCCGGGAGGAGCUGCUCUGUGCCUGCCCAAGGACGCUCCUGGGCUGUGCUCCCUCUGCGGAGAGGACGGUCCCGACGUGAGCCUUUAAGUGGCCAGCACGAUGCCAGGGACAAAACAGCAGCGAACGGACAAAAUGCCCAGACUGGCCGUGCUGGUGGGGCGGCCGGCGGCGGAAGGCGCAGACAGACAGACAGACGGACAAGAGCCCGGGGUGGCUUGGCGCCGCAGCGUUUUCACGGGUCCAUUUUUUUGUGGCUUGUGGAAGAGGUGACGCACAGACAGACUGGGGCUCAGUGGCUUCUGCCGCGGGUCGGGGAGCAGGCGUGGCGGACAGACUGA